CGCCUCUUAUCUUUUACCAUCGUUACGCCUGCAAUGCAGCACCCACACCAGCAACCACAUCCUCACACUCCCGGAAUGACCGGAAGCCCCAAGUCCAGGAUGUCGCAAACACCGCUGCAGCGGCCACCAUCAGGGCUUGGCCCGCCGCAAGCGCCUCCUCAGGGUCCUCCCGUCGGCGCGCCCAACAUGCACGCCGGCCCCCCAGGUGGACCGAACGUGAACCCAAACGCUGCUCCCGGCCCAAUUCCAGCUACCACUCCUCUAGGUUGUCCGCCAAGACCAGAAUGGCGUCCAAUGGAUUGCUUUCGAGUACUCUCGUGACCGUGUCAAGAUGGAGUACACAAUUCGUUGCGACGUCGAGUCAAUCAACGUUGAUGAACUUCCCCAGGACUUCAAGACGGAGAAUUGCGUUUACCCCCGCGCAUGUUGCGCCAAGGACCAAUACAAAGGCAACCGUCUGCAUUACGAGACUGAAUGUAACACAGUCGGCUGGGCAUUGGCACAACUAAACCCUUGCUUGCGAGGAAAGCGAGGCCUCAUUCAGCGAGCGGUCGACAGCUGGCGAAACAGCAACCAAGACCCGCGCCUGAGGAGCCGACGAGUACGCAGGAUGGCGAAGAUGACCACUAGGAAAUCACAGGCGUCGUCGCAUGGUAACCACAUGUCGGGAC